AUGAUAACAAUAUGGUGCGUGAAAGUGACGUGUCUACGACGUCUCGUUGAGACUGGCGACUUAGCCAGGGAACUUAGUAUCGAAGAAAGUAGAGUUACCGUACCGAGAAAUCAAUCCGGACCGAAUUUUUUUGCAUGGAUAAACAACUUCGAAAAUGAAAGUGCUGCUAAUAGGUUUGCACAACGGUGGGAUGGGGAAAAGGUUUGUACCUAUGAAAUAAAAUGUAAAGCGGUGAAGACCAAUGAAAAAGGUAGAAGUAGAUCGUUAUGUCCACCAACUUCUCGACCACAGAUGUCUGAAACUCAAUCUCAUAUGAAGCCUCGUCUCGUCUCUGCACAAAAGCCGGCAAUGUUUACACCGAAACAUCGUACAUUGAUAUCUCGAGAUCAAGAAAGUAGUGACGAUGAUAAAAAUAGCAAUAAUUACCGCAUCACAACAGCAGAUUCAGCAACUUCACGUCAAUCGCGUCAAAGUGAUCGUAAUUUUCAAUUCGAUCAAAGACCUGUCAUCCGAGAAAUACGUAGUACCAACACGCCUGCUAUACAUUCGAGACCCUCUGUGUGCUUACCAAGUGAUGCUUUUUCAAGAAAAACUGACGAAACUGGAACAUGCAAUGACGGUACUCACUGCGAAAAUUUUGAUUGCAAAGCUGACCAUCCGAUUGGUAGAACAAAGCCAUGUAAAAAAGCAGCGAAUUGCACAGAUACAGAAUGCCAAUGUUUACAUCCUUCAACCCGUCCACCUGUUCGCACCGAAUUUGACAAUGGUCAAGCGUGGCAGUGUGAUGCAUUACAUUCGGAUAAUCGAUUAAAAGAUUGUAUAUACGGUCUACACUGUUACAAUAGUGCAUGUACUUGUCUACAUCCAUCAAACCGAAAAGUAUGCUUUUUUGGCGUUGAUUGCAAAGAUCUCGAUUGUUCGGAGAAUCAUCCGCCGGGACGAUCGAUGUUAUGCGAUGAAGGUGUCAAUUGUGGUAACUAUUACUGUCACAAUCUUCAUCCUACCAAUUGGGAUCCAUGCCAAGAUGGCAGAAAAUGCGCGAAUCCUGCUUGUCCGCAUACAACGCAUCCAUCCGAUCGAGUCUUGUUUGGUGCUUUAAGACAUUGGAACAACGUCAAGAAGAAAGGAAGAAAGCAAACCUACCUAUAUUCGCUUGUCAAAACGAGUUUUGUCAACGAUUAA